CAAGUGGUUUGGUUCUACUGGAGUGCCGUUAGCAUUCUUGGUUUUUCUGAAGUGCCGUCGGCUUCUUCUCGUCAUUCAGUUGUGGUCUGACUUCCUCGUGAUCUUUCGCAAGCAAAGUCCGAAUUCCAGUUUAAUUAGCGUUGGGCUCGUCUACUUCCUUAUAUGGAGCUUAGUUUGUUUUGUUCAGAACCGUGAAAGGUAGUUCCAUAAGGUAUACCAAAGAUGUUUUCGGCCAAGACUUCCAUUGUUGUAAUACUGCUGGUGUGGUUCUGUUUAACUUCUGACUGUGACGCUUGGCGAAGACGCCGUCGCCGUCGAUGCCCAGUGAAAAACUGUGAUAUCACUUCUUGGUCAUACUGGAGUUAUUGCACUGCAGACCGAUGUGGGCAGGAAGGCUAUCGAAGUCGAUCAAGAAUGAUAGUAUCAAAGCCAUCCUGUGGUGGAAAAGACUGCCCUGACAACCUUUUCGAAACUCGGCAGUGCUAUGGUAGUAGAGCAGUUGACUGCGAACUGAGCUACUGGUCAGAAUGGAGCGGUUGUACAACUGCUUGUGGCAUAUCAGGAACACAGUCCAGCUCCCGCCACCGAAUAACUAUCGAACAAUGUGGCGGUACAUGCUCAUCUUUCCUCACAAGAACACGAUCUUGCCAACUUACCGGCUGUUUCAAUGGAGGAACUCUUAAAGGAGGAGCAUGUUUCUGUAAAGCAGGGUUUUCUGGCGAUUGCUGCCAGCUGCAAGAUACAGAUACUGACAAAAGCUCAUACAAAAUCACGGUCGGGUUGUCGGUGUCGGGAUGCUUGGUUUUCAUCGCCAUCAUCAUAUGUGUGUGUUGGUUUUGCUGUAGGGGAUGAACCCAGGCCUCGAAAAUCAAUGCAGAUCUAUCCAAAGUUGCCUUUUUGACCUUUUACAUAGCAUACUUGGUGUUAAGCUGAAAACGCUACAUACGAGAUGAAUUAAGUCAAAUGUUUGUAGAGCUUCUUUAAUUAAAAUUGUGU